AUGCAUUCAAACACAACACAGAGAGACACAUCACUCGGAGGUGCCCCAAAGCUACCACCAGCAUCCUGCAUCCAUGCCUACACUGCUACGCCGGUGCUCUUCGCCGCGCGCCUCAAGCCACGCAGAUACAGUACGGCUGACGUGGGCCACUGCCAGCUUGUCCUCAUCAUCGAUUCAUCAGCGUCCAAAGCCAUUGCGUCAGCAGUAACACCGAUGUCUGCCAUUUGCUUGGCUAGCACGUGAACGCUAUCCCACAGACGCGAGACAAUUGGAUGCGACGGCGACCGCUCGUGCCUGCUUGCGGCACACAACACGCGGCCAGCACAAGGGGCACACGCUCCGAUAGUCAAUAUGCUAAGCUGUGCACUUCAGCUGCGCUGUUCUUGGAUCGUGCUAGUCUUCCUCGCGCUCCUUUGCACUGCACUGUCUGAGCCUGCCAGUGGAUCGCCAAGCCAAAGGUCAGCUCACCACUCGUCCGAGUAUCAAUCCCGAGCUCAAAGUGCAUCUUCUUUGGCACUGAGUCUAUCUAGGCGAGGACUGAAGACAGCUCAGAGACUCGGCGGCACUCCACGGCAUGCGCCAUCAUUUUCUGGCCUGACUCUGAGCAGGACAGUGCUCCUUGCUACUGUUGAAGGAGGCUUGCACGCGCUCGAUAGGCAUACUGGUCAGAGACUGUGGGAUCUUCCAGCCAGAGCCCAGGCAGACCCUGUGGAAGAUUCUUCAAAUCGCCAGAAGUUCUCUUUCGAGCCCUUGGUGGGAGCAUACUAUGGUCGAGCUCGGCGGUCAUUCGCUGAUGUCGCUGCUAGUCAAGAAGGUGCUGCUUCUCUUCAGGCGCUGCGUCGGCAAGGUCUUUACAUUGUGGAGCCAGGAGGUGGGGGCUCAAUCUACGUCCUGACGGACGACAUAAGCGAUGCAUCCACCAGUCAGGAACCCCCGCACGACACCACUCUACCCCGACAAAAUUUGAGGCGUCUCCCUUUAACCUUGCCGCAGUUGGUCGAUCUUUCGCCUUUCUCCUUUCCCGCCGAUAAUGAGCGCGUGUUCGUCGGCCACAAGUCGUCUUCGCUUGUGGAACUGGACGUCCUGACGGGAAGAGUGGGCGCCGUUUUCGGCGGCGGACGUGAAAGAGAGAGGUCACCUGAAGCUUGGUGCAAAGAUGACAUCUGCGAUGAGGAUGGAGACUGGACUUAUGUCGGGCGCACAGACUACACCCUUACGAUCCACAGUCGAGCCGAUCCAUCGGCUCGCCAGACGCUGCGGUAUAGCACCUUUGCUCCAAAUGCUGCCGAUCGCGAAGUCGCUGCAGUGUGGAGUGCUGCGAGCCCCGAGGCGCGCGCUGCCUCCGAGCCUUCUUCUGCUGAUCGCCCGCCGCCACCACCAACUGCAAUUUUUGGCGUUCCAGAGGAUGGUUCCGUCAUCUGUGUCAACGCGACAACCUCGCCCGAUAGUGGUUCUGAUGAAAGCACCGAGGAGCGGGAUCGCACCCUUUGGAGCACAGCUGUUGGUGGCUCUGUCGCGCGAGUCUUUGAUCUCGUGUAUCCCGAAAAGGAACCAAGCGGGAGUCGCGAUCGGUCCCCGCCUGUCCUCGUUCCGCACCCCGUGAUUCCCCUUUCUCGACUCGUGCGUAGAUCAUCAGUCACAGCGAGUGGUGCUGCUCCAUUUCAUUCACUCGACGCUGGUGCUACAUAUCUUGGUGUUGCUGGAGGGAGCUUGUAUGCGCUGGGAAGCGAGGCGCAUCCCUUAGCUGGCCUUGCCCGACCCGCGCCAGCCACUUUGCCGUCGCAUUCCGAGCAGUCAAAGCCGUGCUCCGACGUUGGGUGCUGGUUCGGGGUUUGGGACGCGCGGGACGCAGAUGCUUCGGGGCUCGGACCAGCCAUCACAGAUCAAGCAGAGCGAUCUCUCUUGCAGAUUGCUGAUCAUGCAGAACAUCAAGAAGGUAGCGACAACUCGUCUUCACAAUCUGGUGGCCAGACUACCGCAAAGCGGUCAGACAAGCCCAAGAGUGGUUCAAAGUCUGCUAGUACCGGCGAGCAGCGCAGCACUUUUCCUUCAGACUCCGUAUGGAGCUGGCGGCCGACACCUCUGGUCGCCUUGGUGCAGAUCAUUUGCUUGUUCCUUGGCGCCAUUCUGUGUGCCCUGAUUUACAUCGGCUUGCAAGAGCAGAGAAGGUUAGCUCGUGAAAGCGCCUCGAGCAUUGCGAAGGAUGUUCUUUGGGUCCCAGCUGUCCUGGAUGAGAAGCACGAAAAUGCGGAGAACGGAGCUUCACUAGGUAAUGAGCACAAGAGUGCUGAAGGCGUCGAUGCCAUGCAUCAGAGUGGCAGGGCCAAUGUUGCCGAUCUUCCAAUCUCCGGAGACAAUAUAAAAGCUCGAAAGAAUCAGAAUGCUGCGCCGGGAGAAACCCCUGCUGAGCUUGCAUUGGAGCAAGAAGCUGUUGAGGCAGCUCAAGCGGACAAGAAGCGAGCAGGCAAGAAGCGGAGGAGAGGCAAGAGGGCUGGUCAGCUAGUUGCGCUCAAGGAGAGUAAGAAAGCGGCCCUCGAGGGGAACGGGACUGCGGUCGACCAAGACAGCAUCGAUGCCGAUGGUGAUGAUGUGCCAGAUGUUGCUGAGGCUGCGGAUGGUACUGUCAUUACUCCCUUGGGCACCCCCUCCGCCCGAGCAGUCUCGACACCCCGCCACAAUCAGCAGCUUGCGUCAGCUACAAGACUGAACUUUGACGUGGAUGGAGACGCUGGAGGAAGCGUGCGACAAGCCACCGGGCUUGAUGCUCACAACCUCGGCGACUCUGCUGAAGAGGCCACAGCUGCCGGACAAGAAGCUGCCAAACUAGCAGCAUAUGCAACUGGACCGGGCGCGGUGGCAGGUAACCUCGGGCCCAAUGGCUCGCUGCAAAUAUCGGAAGAGAUCCUUGGCUACGGUUCGUCUGGCACGGUGGUGUUCAAAGGGACGUUCCAGGGGAGAGCGGUCGCAGUCAAGCGGCUGCUGCGCGACUUCGUCCAUGUCGCUUCGAAAGAGGUGUCGUUGUUGGAAUCUGCCGAUAAUCACCCCAACGUGAUUAGAUACUUCUACAAGGAGCUCACGCCAAGCUUCCUGUUCAUUGCUCUUGAGCUCUGCCCUGCGAGCUUGGCAGAUGUGAUCGAGAAGCCGGUUGAAUAUCGCGAGCUUGGCCUCUUGCUUGAACCGAAGAAGGCUUUAUCGCAGAUAACGUCUGGCCUGAGACAUUUGCAUUCUCUUUCGAUUGUGCAUCGCGAUAUCAAGCCGCAGAACAUUCUUGUCUCGAACAAUCCGUCUGGCAAGCUCAAGAUGCUCCUCUCAGAUUUUGGGCUCUCUAAACGACUAGAUGGUCUAGCACAAUCCAGCUUCAGUCAGACCAUGAACAACCCGGGUGGCACUGUUGGUUGGCGGGCCCCAGAGAUAUUGCGUGGUGAAGUGUCCCUAGACGCGGGUGCAGAGGGCAGCAAUAGCACGGAAAGCAGUAGCAAUGGGAUGCGUUCGGGUCUUCCUCGAGACGGCGAGACUUCCAGGCGCCUUACACGUGCAGUGGAUGUCUUUGCGCUCGGCUGCUUGGCUUACUACAUCUUGGCGAACGGCGAUCAUCCAUUCGGGAGUCGCUUCGAGCGUGAGAUGAACAUAGUCAAGAGCGCAUCUGACCUAUCGAGACUCUCCGGACUCGGAGAGGAAGGCUACGAAGCGCAACAUCUUAUCUCCAAGAUGAUUGCAGUAGAGCCCAAGGACAGGCCCAGUGCGCCUGACGUCCUGACCCACCCCUACUUCUGGGAUCAUGCACAAAGGCUUGCUUUUUUGCAAGACGCCAGCGAUCGCUUCGAGAUCAUGGACAAGGACGCACCGCCCCCACCUCUGAUUGCGCUCGAGUCUUGUGCAGCUGCCGUCAUUGGAUCGGAUUGGCAUCGUAGGAUGGACAAGAUCUUCAUGGACGACCUUGGCAAGUUCCGAAAGUACGAACGCUCAAGCGUGCAGGACUUGUUGCGAGCUUUGCGCAACAAGAAACAUCAUUAUCAGGACAUGUCUCCAGCUCUGCGAAGGCAGAUGGGCGCUCUACCAGGUCCCUUUCUGCAUUACUUCACCAAGCGUUUCCCAUCUCUGGUCGUGCACGUCCACACCGUCAUCUCGGAGUCGCCUCUCUUGCGAGGGGAGCAGAUGUUCGCGUCGUACUUUCGCCCGCUAGGAGAGAAUGAUUGAGCCACAACCCUUCUCGCGGGGUUCCAGACUGUCAUGUCUACGCGCGUCGCCGCCCCCCUUAGUCACGAAUGCUGUAUCUAGCGCCUUGUAACCUCACUUUGCUUCCCGUCUCUCGUCUCUUGUAAUACUAGUACAUCCUCAAUUUCUCGGUGAGCUUG